AUGGCACGGGUCGUGAGGGGGGCCAUGUCAGCUUCGGCUCGGCGCGCGCCCAGUCGCGCUGUCCAGAGGAGAGCUCGCAAGCAUAAGGUGAUCAUGGAGACGGUCACUCAAGAGAAGAAAAAGCUACGGAGCGUGAUCUGUUUUGAAGCCCAGGCACCCAGUGGUUAUACAUUCAUCCCAGCGGGAAACCCGCUUCUGACCACAUCUUGCAAGGAGCGUUGUCGAAAAGAUGGGCUCCAGGUCUACGCGGUCUCGACAACACCUCACAUGGGCACACAUAAUCUAUCUCAACAUGUCCAUAGGAUAGGGUAUCAUUUCCCAAGCACAGUCGUCGCCGCAGCUUGCUCAGAGCUAGGCCUUUACCUUACAAGUGCUGGGAAAGCAGUCCCCUUCCACACACUUGGUACUCUACAAGAAAACCCCCAAACGAACCCCGAGGUCGAUCAAAUUACAAUCAACACCGAAGCGAGAGAUGCAAUCAGGGACCUGUUCCCUAACAUUCCUGACAACGAUCUCAACCAGAUUAUCAAGACGGCUUUUCAAAAGGGUCAACGGAAAGUCGGCACAGCAUCGGAGUUGCCUUUGGCUCGCAGAGCACAGCUGGCAGUGGUGGCACACAUUCGCCACCUCUACACUGAUUAUGAUCGCCUUUUGAAGCAGAAAUCAUUUCAUGAAGCUAGGUCGGAGGUGGAGCAAGUGACCCUAUCCAAAGUUAUCGCAUGGCGUGGAGACGAUGAAAAUGGACAGACCGCUCUUGAGGAUGUCUUCCGCGAGGUUAUCGUCAUAUCGGAUGACGAUGACAGUGAAACAGAAGAGGAAGAAGGCCUUGUACCAUCAGGUACUAGGGACCGCAGCAUGGAGAUUCUCUCGCGUAAUGCCCGGACCCAUGAGAUUCAAACUCAACCGAUCAGUGCCGUGCAUUUCGCCACACAGGAUCCAUUGCGAGAGCAGUCUGAGGAAGCCCCGCCUGGAUAUCGGAUUGUCACUAGGGUACCGGCCCAGAAUGCCAUCAACCGCCGUGGAUUCAACAGAUAUCAAGCCUGGAAUCGCGCACUGAAUCGGUAUCGAGCCGAAGCCAACGGUACUGGACAGAUCCCUGUCAGCAGUGCUACGUCCGGUGAAAAGCAGAGUCCGCGGUAUGGGAAACGUCCUGUUGUUAUUCAUGAUAUGCCAGAUCCCCCCAGACGACGAGAAGUUGCACUGCCUUCCAUGGAGACCGUCCCCAGAGUUUUGUCAGGCCCCGUUUACGUUGAUAAUUCUGGACAGCGACUACUUGCCAUGCCACCAACGGAUCCCCCAUCCGGGAGGAGCCAUGUAGGUGCCCAAGAAAGACGCCCUCCUUUGGAGCCCCCAGCGAUGGUUGCCCAAUAUGAAUCCAGCGGGCGACCGCCACCACUAAUCACACAGAAAUCGCAUGAAAUUCGUCAUUUGGAUGCGGGAAACUAUCCUGCUGCUAAUGCUGGUUACUCUCAGGGUAUAUCAUCAUACCCGAACACAAGUUCUAGUGCUCGGUUGGAGAGGUUCCCCGUGUCACUCAACAAUGGUGCCGAUGCGCCGGUGUUUGUGAGCGGGCCGCAGGAGCUACACCACCCAACAAGGGAUAGCCAUUUUGGACCCCGGACUGAUCUUACUGGUCCCUUUCAUCCUAGGACAGGACCAAGUCGUGAGGACGCAAUCCCUUCAAUUGAAUUGAUGGAGUCACCUGUCCUCGCAGAAAAGCGCCGAGCAGAUGGCCGCUUAGUGCAUCUGACCAACAGGAUGUCGCUUUGUUCCGUAACCCCCGGUCAUUCUCAGAGUGAGACCUCCCGGCACGCUCAUGCCAUGGCCCCAGACAGCCCGGAUGAUCAGAGCUGCAAGAGGAGACGGCUGGCGCAUUAUGCUGCCGGCUCUGUAAACCCACGCCUCCAUGACCGGAACGCAAGACCCACGGGGCAUCCUAUCCCCGAAGGACCGCGAGGACCAUACCGCCGCGAUGAGGUUAUCCCGCCAGAGCCUCAUACGCAGGACAGGUUUUAUCUCCCUCGGGAUCUUCCUUUGCUCGCAGAACAGCCUCUAGCUAUAGGACACCCCCACCAGAGAACCGCCGCCCCUUUGGCUCCAUCUCAGGUCAACGCGAAUGUCAGGCCCCCUCUAGAGCGGACACGUAUGACCGAUCCCUAUGGACCAAUAUCCAUGCAUUCAUCCCAGCCAGGUCUCCCUGGAUACAGCAGCACUGUUACCUCUAGUGAUCGCGCCAUCGGGCUACCGGCCGAUGCUUCUUACUCGGAACUUCGUCCAGCUUACUAUGAGGAUCGUAGUCCCCGUUUGGACCGUGUGCGGCCGACAAACCCUGAAGAACAACGAGCGCCCAUUUGGAGAUCUCAUACUGAUGCCGAACAUCCCGUGGUCCAUUCUGCUCCCUCCAACGGGAAGCUGUACGCCGACGGCUUCGUUCGUCAGGUUGAUUACCGUGAGGCUCGCCCAGUCCCAGUGGAAUACUAUCUUCCGCGGCCGAGGCACCAGCCACUCCCUCGUGUGGAAGAGGACCGUGGCCAACCGGCACGGACGAGGAUUUCUGACCCCCAUGCCCCUCAAGAUCUACCUCACUCCCAGGGCCCGACAGAAAACCGUCACCCUCGAAGCCCACGGUCAGCGAUAGUCUCUCACGGUCAGGCGCCUCGUCAUCCCAAUGCCGGAUCUAGUCCCCGCGAAUUUCAUAGUAAACCCAGUGGCACUUCUCGUGACAGACGCCCUGGUAGCGGGCUUGGCGCACCGCGACGUGUCCAUGACCCACGAUCCUUCCAAAUGGUUGAGCAAAAUCGUCCAAUUUAUGUGCAACGAGUCGAGUCGCAGCCACCAUCGCAGUACACCGUCCCGGAUGGACGGCCCGUUGUGAUUGUGGAUUAA